AUAAAUUCAGUCACAACAAUUCCAGUCUAUUCACCUACAAAAUGAGAAUCAUACUUGUUAUCCUGCCACUUACAGCCAUACUCUGCAAUGCAGAGACAGUUGCCUCACUUUGGGGAGAAAGCGUAAGCUCUUCAGAAAAAGCUUUCCACAGGGAAACAAGGGAACUGAAUGCUCCACGUCGAAUAGACUGUAAACUGAGCAGCUGGAACGCGUGGGGGCCCUGUGACCCAUGCACCAAACAAAGGUUUCGCUCUAGAAGURUUGAAAGAUUUGGGCAGUUUGGUGGAAAAGCAUGUGUGGAUCCUCUAGGCGACACACAGAGCUGCGAAACCAGUGAAGUCUGUCCUGAAGCACCAGAACCAGACUGUGGUGCUGACUUUCAGUGCCAAUCUGGUCAAUGUAUAAAGAGAAGACUACUAUGCAAUGUAGAUGAUGACUGUGGAGACGGAAGUGAUGAAGUGGACUGUGAAUCUGGCCAACGAUCACCAUGUCGUAACCAGGAUAUUGAAGUGUCUGAAGUUGGUAGGACUGCAGGACAUGGACUCAAUAUUUUAGGGAUGCAGCCUUUGGACAGCCCAUUUAACAAUGAAUUUUUCAAUGGUCUUUGUGAACGGGUUCGUGAUGGGAACACGCAGACAUACUACCGCAAGCCGUGGAAUGUGGCUUCUCUCACUUAUGAUACAAAAGCAGACAAAACMUUUGCAGCUGUGUACUACCAUGAUCGUGUGAGAAUGUUACGAGAAGUUUAUAUGGAGAAACAGACACAUUUUAGUGCUGGCCUUUCUCUAAAAUAUACACCUACUGAUGGAAGUAAACAAAUUGAUGCAGAAGGAAAUUUCAAAUUUGACUACAGAAAGAAUCAUGUGAUAGGAGCCAUCAUGCAAAAAAACACAGAAAGGAACCAAACAUUUCUGCAUAUAAAAGGAAAGGUUCAGUUGGGAAGAUUUAAAAUUCGGAGCCGUGAUGUCCAUCUCACAGAUAGUUUCCUUGAUAGUUUAAAAGUGCUGCCUGCUGAAUAUGACAAGGGGGAGUAUUUCAAAUUUCUAGAAGAUUAUGGAACUCACUAUGCUGCCUCUGGAAGCGUAGGAGGAAAAUAUGAAUUGGUUUACGUGCUGGAUAAUUACGCUUUGUCUGAACGAGGAAUCACUGUAGAUGAUGUGAAAAAAUGCCUUGGCUAUCACUUAGAUGUUGGUAUUGGACACAAAAAUAUACAUGGCGAUUUGAAUAUUGAUGGUGGUAAAUGUGGAAAUAUGACUGUGAAGGACAGAUCAGAAACAGAUGAUGAUGCUAUCAUUGAUGAUGUCCUUUGCUUAGUUGAAGGGGGACAGAUUGACUUUGCAGUUAAAAUACAAGAAAUGUUACAACGUGGAGCCAAAGUGGUUGAUGUGGAGGAUUACAUACAGUGGGCUAAAUCUUUGGUUGAUGCUCCAGUAGUAAUAGAACAACGGCCUUCUCCAAUACAUACACUUGUUCCAGUUAAGAUGAAAGAUGCAUAUUUAAAGAAACAAAAUUUGGAAAGAGCAAUUGAAGACUACAUUACCGAGUACAGUGUGUGCAAAUGUGAACCCUGCAAAAAUGGAGGCACUCUCGUGCUCAUAGAUGGAGUCUGUACAUGCCUGUGCUCAAGUUAUUUUAAGGGAAUUGCUUGUCAAAUUCCCAAAUCUCAAUUAGUUGAAGUUGUGACUGAUGGAGGCUGGAGCUGUUGGAGUGCCUGGUCCCCCUGCAUCAAUGGAGAGAGCACUCGAACUCGUGAGUGUAAUAAUCCUGCACCAGAACCAAAUGGCAGACCAUGCCAGGGAGAAAGUAUUGAAAAACGACCCUGUGAAGAAGGAAAAUAAUUWUGCUCCUCAAAACCAA